UUUGGCCAGUGUGACAGCAUUUCAUUUUGACAGAAGUCUUAUCGGUUGCUGGCUUGGCUGGAAGUUUCUGACUCCUGCUGACACUCAGUAGAAGUUGUAUCGCUUUCCCCUCUUUGAAUGCAAGCGGAGUAUAGCUUUAAACUAACUUCACAGCCAAACUCACAACUUUAGGAGGGAAAUAAUAACUGCUUUCUGGUUGUUGCACGUCUCGAUGGACACUGUUCAGAAAUUGACAUCUGGAUUUUCUCUGGACUUGGGACCAUUGAAAGAACCUCUCGGAUUUAUUCGGGUCCUAGAAUGGAAACUACAACCGAAUUGAAGCUUGAAAGUGAACCAAAAGACUUGGAGACACAGCUUAAAGCGAAGCCGACCAAGGCUCUAUGCAGACAGUUGGAGGAAAGCAUUAUUCUUCCAAAAUCUAGAGUAUCUGAGGUGUUCACCAUCUUUGCCUUUGCCACCACUGGAGGUUACUCUGGGAAGACGCACUUCACAGUCACCUGCUCUGGAGCCGAGGCAAAGGAUGUCCAGUCUGUGUUUGGAUACCCAUUCAGGUUGUCUGCCAAUCCAUAUGAGAUACCGUCAUGUAAUGGCAGUACACCCUCUAAGACCUUCCUGCAAGGCGACUUCUCCUCCUCCGCAGAGUUCUUUGUGUGUGUUGGUGUGUUUGGGUUCCUUUAUUGCACUGCCACACUGAUCCUCUACCUGGGCUACCAGAACAUCUACCGCCAAACCACUCGUGGUCCCAUCAUAGACCUGGUGGUGACCGCUGCCUUUGCCUUCCUGUGGCUUGUGUCUUCCUCAGCCUGGGCCCAAGGUCUGACUGAUGUUAAAUGGGCCACUAACCCAGAUCACCUAGUGGAGUCCUGCCAAGACAUCUGUAAACCAGGAGCGUCUCCUUCCAUGGGCCGCCUCAAUGCCUCUGUGAUUUUUGGCUUUUUGAACUUGAUCCUGUGGGCUGGUAACUGCUGGUUCAUUUACAAGGAGACUCCUUUCCACAAGGAUCCCAACCCUCCAGCUACAAUGGAGGAAGGAGGGGCCCCUGGGCCCUAGUCACAUCACUGAGGGUCCCUGAGCAUAGCCCUAUACCCACAGAAGAAAUGCUUUGUGCCCAACACUGUUCUGUAAUGUUAACCUGCUCCCCCUCCCAUUUCACAGAAAUGAACCCAGUCCCCAAUGACCAAGCAGCACAAAAUGUUCCUUAAUUUUGUCAAAAUCUGUCAACUUUCAAUUCCUGCCUGCAUGUCUUACAGACAAAGUGCAAAUACACUAAACACAAACUAAAAUGCAUAAACUUUAUAUACAACAAGAAAUACUGUGGAUGUAAUUACUUAAAACUGUGUUCAGAACCCGCAGUGCAUUUUCUUCCACAUUGGCACAUUGUGCCCGCUGGAUGUGAUGAAAUUGUGAUGUAAGACACAAGAUUCUUUACUUGUCCUCAGGCAGGGAAAAGGCAACGGAUUCACGGAAGUUAAAAUCAAACAGCUCUUGCAUCCAGUAAAAGCCAGUAUGGACAUAACAGAAAUAACAUUUAGAGGGAGUUUAGCCCAUCAUCUUCCCUGAAUGAUCCGAUCACAAGUGGGAAAGUCUGUCAGCUCACACCUGACAUUAAAAUGCAUUUUGACACGCACUUUGAGUGAUGUGAUCUCACUUCCCCACUCAAUAUACGUAUUUAGAUGUAUGUCAAAGGAACAAACAGUUAUAAUAUUUUAUUACACAUAGAAAGAAAUAUCCUAUAGACAAAGGGAGAUUUCAUGUUUAACAUUUGCUGCAUUUACAAGAAGGCCCCAAAUAGUUAGACAUGUUUUUAAACAGUGUUUCACAAGGUUUAUGAGUUUUCCAUCAAAUUCAGCAACUCACAAAAUUGAGCAAUUUCUUUAAGGGAGUCUGUGGAAGCAGUGUAAACAGUGUGUUCACACAGCUGCUAAAUGUUAGCAGGUAAGACCUAAGUACUGUAGACACUGAAGCAGACAGGCUGGUACAACCAUGCUGCCACAAACUGACACUUUUUACAAGGAGACAAACAAGGUUUGAAUCAUACACAAUGUGCAUACACAAUGAUAAAACCACAUGUGGCACAGAACACCUCCUUUAAAGUGAUUUGAGUGAUAGGAUCUCGAAAACUCCUCACAGCGUCUUGCGGCUGUUCACACCUGCACUUAGAGCUGACCACUUUUGAUCGGAUCACUCAGGAAACGUUGAUACGAGAUCUGACCAGGGCCUCAGAAGCAAAUUUGUUAGAUUGGAGCAAAUGCACACCUGGAGUUCUCUCUGUCCAGUAAGGGCCUGUUCAGUUUCCAUUAUGUAAACUGUAAGAGGAAGUGCUACUAUACAGAUUCCACAUACUGGAACUAUGUCAGUAAUUUCAAUUUCAAUAGAUUAGGUUAAAAUAUACUAAGCACUCCUCUUCCUCCAGUUGAAGCAGCAACUGAUUCCAGAUCCCCGUUGUAUAAACAGACCUGUGCCUAUAGAAUCCCGUCUCCUUUUCUGAUCUCUGCCUCAGAGGCACAUGACCAUCUAAUGAUUAGAUUCAGCCAUGCCAUUCCUGCACCAAUAUUCAAAUCUACUGACACACACUGAAAUGAACUUCACGCAUGUUUCAACACACAUUGAUUUCUUGCGCUGACUCUUGAUGGCAAAAAGAAUACAUACUGUUAAGUAACACUGUAAAUGACACUACAACCUAUUAGACUUAUGUAUACUUCAGGUGGGUAAGCAGAGACUUUAAUUUUCAAAUUAUCAUCAUGAGUGUUGUACUCACUGUAUUGUUUAUUUUCAGCCUGUAUCCAGAACAAGGCAGGCUUUCUACAUGUUUACUGCAGUACCUCCUGUACACAAGUUCACAGUGGAAGUGACUGACAGACAUAAGGCCAAACCAAGUUUUGUUCCUUUUUGAUCAGAAUGUUACAUUCACAUUAAUCAAUAACACUAAGACUCAUCCUUGUCUGACCUAUCUUUGCAUAUGGUGGCGUAAGGUGACGUUAUUUAUAAAUGAUUGAUAUGUAUUUUUAUCUACAUUAAUUGGUCCAUUGCAUAUUUUUAAAAACAAUGUUGGGUUUCUGUUUGUAUUUCCUUUUGGAAACACGCCAGUGUGCAGCUUCUCUUGGAUUUUUUUUGUGUGUGUGUGUAAAAUUUUCACAUUUGCUGUUGAAUUUCUGUACCCUAGGCUUAAUCUUGUGAUGAUCAAUAGCUCAAGUAACAAAUGUGGCAAAAUGCAGUUGCCAAAGUGAUGUAAUCCUGCUGUAUGUCUUUAUGACUCCUGUCCAGAGUUCUGCUAUUGAUCCAACUUUACAGCCAGUGCCAUGCAUUACAAGGUUUUGUACUGAACAUCAAGUUUUCUCUGCUGAUGAUAAUUUUUCAACAAUUUGAAUAUUUGCACUGGACUAAGAGAGAUCUCUUGAUCUUUAUGAAGUAACUGUUGACUUGAUUUGAGUUAUUGGGCCAUGUGGGCAGCUGUUUAAUUUCAUCACUACUUCCUCUGUAGGGAAUAAAUGAGGGGCUGAUUGAGUCACAGUAAGUAAAGUAAUAUAUUUUCCACAUCAUAUUGAAAUUAGACACAUAAUAAACAAGAUGCUUCAUCAAUUUUAAAAGCUAAAUCUUAGUUUAGUUAGAACAUGACAUGUUGAUGUUUAUAUAAUGAGACUAUGUAUUAUCUGCCUUGUUUGUGCAUGUGUCAAAUAUGAGAGCUGCAACUGCUGGAUUCUGUCUCCUUUCUUAAUUACAUGAGUGUAUAAAUUA